CGAGCAUCCAUUCCCACUUAAUACUUCCUAUCGCAUAUUAAAAACCGAGCAAUCGCCUUCCUACAUAGACUGCGCCUUCAAACAACUCAUCACUAUAUCCUCCCCCGCCUCACUUGAUCCCACAGGCUGACGACGCCCCCCUGUCGUGCCCCACACUCAACCAAGCGAGCGAGCAAGCAAGCAAGCUGUUGACCUACUAGCCUACGAAUACCUAAUCCACGUACUAUAACCUUGUUGCUCCAUACAGCCACACGCCCAGAGAAGCUUUGAUCCCAGCCUCGGGCAGCGUUUGUCCUGCAAGAGAGCUUCCAGAGGAUCAAUCACCAGCAAAAAUGGCCGCGCCAUUCAGAGUCAAGGCCAUUUACGAGUACUCAUCGCCUCAUGAGGACGACCUCAACUUUAGUAUCGGCCAGGUCAUCACUGUUACUGAUGAGGAGGACGCCGACUGGUAUGGCGGGGAAUAUGUCGACGACCACGGCGUGAAGCAAGAGGGUAUUUUCCCUCGAAACUUUGUCGAGAAGUUUGAGCCUACCGCACCUCCUCGUCCAGCUCGAACCCGUACUAAGAAAGAGCCCGAACCUGCUCAACCCACCGAAGAUAUCGCUUCUCCCCCACCGCCACCUGUUCAGCAAGAGGCUCCUUCAAUCCCCGCGCCCGAACCUGAGCCCGAGAUCGAAGAAGCCCAUGAACCCGUACAUAAGCAUUCUGCUCCCGAACCGGCUGCCCCGGCCGUCCCGGAGCCUGUUCCUUCAAAGCCCGCCGAACCCGUCCAGGCUACAGCUCCCCCGUCUGUUGCAGUUCCUAAGCCCGAGCCUCCAGUCCCCGCUCCUCAAGCUCCGGCUGCCGCUUCGCCAAAGCCCAAGCCCUCCGGGCCUCCCCCCAAGGCAGAGAAGCCUUCUGCUAGCUCGUUCAAGGAUCGCAUUGCGGCGUUUAACAAGCCCGCGGCGCCUCCUGUUGCGCCCUUUAAGCCAAGUGGUCUGGCUGGCUCAGGUACAGGUUUUAUAAAGAAGCCGUUUGUGGCUCCUCCUCCCAGUCGCAAUGCUUUCAUACCCCCACCGCAGCAGACCCCAACCGCCAAGGUGUAUCGGCGCGACGAGGACCCUGAAAUCAAGGAACGGGAGGCAGAAACCCAAGGACAGGCCGAGAGGGCCGGGCUUGUACCAAGUGAAGGUCAGGGUGGCGAAGAUGAAGAUCAACCUAAGCCUACAAGUUUAAAGGAGCGCAUUGCACUGCUUCAAAAGCAGCAGCAGGAGCAAGCGGCACGACAUGCCGAUGCUGCUGCCAAGAAGGAGAAACCGAAAAAGCCUCAGAAGAAACGUGAGAGCGUCGGGCAUAUUGAUACCCCGGUUGAGGCGGAGGCUUCACCUCAAGAACCUCAUGCUCCUCUUGAGCGCAGAGACACCCAGGAUACUGAUGCCAGAACAUCUAUGGACGAGCCACGACAAAAUCGCAUGCCACCACCUCCACGCCGAAGGUCUUCCAAGGGACCUGCCGUGGAACCUGUCCAUGAUGGUAAUGAGGCGGAUAUGUCUGGCGCAGGUGACACAACCGAAGGCAAUGAUGACUUAACGGAGCGGGAUGAUAGUGAUGGUGUGGCUAGGAACGCACCGCGAGCACCUGCAUUGCCUAUACACGCCGGUCCUCCUCCCGAGGCAUCAACAUCAAGAAAGGAGGAUAGCGAGGAAGCGGAAGAGGAAGAGGAAGAGGAAGAGGAAGAGGAGGAGGAGGAGAUGGAUCCUGAAGUCAGGCGUAAAGAGGAGUUACGGGCGAGAAUGGCCAAGAUGAGUGGUGGUAUGGGUUUCCAUGGUAUGUUUGGUGCCCCUAUGCCUGCGCCAGCGCCGCCUCCCAAAAAGAAGAAGGCCCCAAAGCCAGAGCGAACAUCGAUCGACGAAACUGUCGAGGAGGCAUCGCCAACAAGCCAUGCUGCACCACCCGUUCCUACUAUGAUGGCCUUGCCUGGAUUUGGCGGCCCAAGUAAGCCUGAGGAGCCAUCCCGUCCUGAGGAAUAUGAACCAGCUGCCCGAGCGCCACCACCUCCUGUGCCGUCUCAGCCACCCCGAGUUCCAGAGCACGCAGAGAUGGCAGAGGAGGAGGCAGAGAGUGACAUUACUCCUGCCCCUCACGCUGCACCUACAAUUCCUCCUCGAGAUCCAGCAGGCCCUCCUCCUAUUCCUGGCAGUCGAGGAGCGCCUCCCCCUGUGCCAUCCGAAUCUCGGCCUCCUCCUCCCGCACCUCCCGCCGAUGCGAAGUCUCAGUCCGAAGGAUCCCAGUCGGGCGAUGAGCUCUCUGGUGGCCGUGAUAGCGACCGAGAAGGCCCUGUAGCUGCCGCAAGGUCUCCUCCUAUGGCACCGCCGCCAGUUCAGCCCCCUCACUUGCCUGCGAGAUCGCCACCACUGUCCCCUACCCGCGAGGAGUUCAGUCCUACAUCUCCUAAAUCCAAUGCUAGCAAUAGAUUAAGUCGACUGCCACCACCUAUUCCUGGAUCUGCACCAGCUCCACCAACACAGAGUCGGCCGCCUCCUCCGCCUCCACCAGGUGGUCUUCGUCGACAGUCCACCCAAGACUCUCAGGCACAACAUACCAGGGGACCUCCUCAGGCUGGCGAAGAAGAAGCUGAGGAACUUACCGAGUAUGAGGGCGAUUACGAUACGGAUAUUGCUUCUUCAGUCCCCCAUAAAGACGCUCUCAAGUCACACGCCCGUGAAUCAAGCCUUGAAGAUAACACUAUUCUAUCGCCAGUCUCCGAUGCUCCUCCUAAACUACCACCCCCUAUUCCCACAAGCACGGCCCCCAGAGCUGUUCCGCCGCCUGUCCCUUCGCAGCCGCCUCCUGAGAAUAAGCGGCAAUCAAUUGAUACACCUCGCGCUGCUCCUCCACCGCCUCCACCUACGGAUAACAAGCGACAGUCUAUUGACGUGCCACGCGCGGCACCUCCCCCUCCCCCUCCUGCAGGUCUACUUCCUCCUCAACCGCCUCAGUCGCCGCGCCUGGAAGAAGACUAUGAUCCCUACAAUUAUUCAGCACCUCCUGGAGGACACGGUUAUGCCCCCAGAACGCCCAAGAUUGAAGAGGAGGGUAUCUUCCCCCAAUCGCCGUCUGUUACUUCUCCGAUAGAUCGAAGACCCCCCCCUCCUCCAGGUGUGCCUGCAGGUCGCACCUCAGGGCGACAAUCUUUAGACAUUUCGAGGGCUGCCGCCGGAAACAGACGAUCUAUGGAUGUCCACCGACCAUCAAUGUCGAUGGAGUCAGGUUUUAUUGCGAAUGACUUAGACCUGGCUAUCCAGAGUGGCUGGUGGAAGCAAUCUAACCAAGUACCUCCCGUUCUCCAGGGACGUAAAGAUAUUUACUUCGAGGCUGAAGAGUCGACAUCUACCAAUGGCGGCCAACAAACGACGAUAACUCGCGAAAUCUUUAUCUUAUAUCAAGAUUACUCACAAACCUUCUUGACAAUUCGAUACGACCCCUACAAUGCAUCGGAUGUUCAACUUGAGCAACGUCACGAGCCCCCGCCGCGUCCCCUCCGCCAGGAUCAGAUGGAAGAGUUUUAUGAGCGAUUUGGUCGCCACAUCUCGACGGCUGUAGCUGCCAAGAAAGACUCUGUUGUCGCGGACGGCACUCCUCAAGGUCUUGUUCUAGAACUUCUCAAGCCUUAUAAGGAUGCUCUUCCUCCUGUUGGCACUCGUGCCUAUGGUGCCCUUGUCUAUUCAAACAUGGCCAAUGCAUCAACUCAACAGAACGACGUGAUCCGUGCUGGCGACAUCAUUACAAUCCGCAACGCCAAGUUCCAAGGCAAGCAUGGUCCUAUGCACGCAAAGUACUCUGCCGAGGUGGGCAAACCGGACCACGUCGCUGUAGUAUCUGAGUGGGAUGGCACCAAGAAGAAGGUGCGCGCAUGGGAGCAAGGCCGCGAGAGUAAGAAGGUUAAGGUAGAGAGCUUCAAGCUUGACGACCUUCGUAGCGGAGAGGUCAAGAUCUGGCGCGUCAUGCCGCGAAGCUGGGUUGGCUGGAACAGCCAGUCCUAGUGCAGCUGGGGAUGGCGUAGCGAUGGCGAUGGCGAUCUCUAGGAAAAGAUGCCCAUGAUGAUGAUGACGACGAAUAAUAGGAUGAGUUCAAGACUGGUAGUUGGGCCGUGGCUGUAUCCUCAGGCGUUGAGUGGUGGGUUCAGGA